UCACGCUGUCCAAACAAAAACACUUCCUUGUUCACCUGUAAACAAAAUGACAUCCAACAUGGAGUCUUCGCUUGUAGCAAAAGGAUCAGAUACGAUAUGGGACUAUACUUGUUCGGCUUGCCAGGAGCUCGAGGCUCAGUAUCAUUGUAAAGAGUGUGGCAAGGGUUUCUGUGACAGCUGUGUAAAACUGCACAACCAACUUUACAAGUCUCACACUGUGUUUGGCAGCGAACACAUGGAUAAAUGGCGGAUUAACAAGUCAACGUUAGACAUGUUGGGACAGUGUGCAGAGCAUACCGAUAAAAAAAUAAAACUGUUCUGUGAGGACCAUUGUCGGCGGUGUUGUCACACUUGCGUGUCACUUCAUCACAGUAAAGUCAGCCUUAUUGAAGAGAUAAACAAAUACUCAACGGCAGACGCACAUAAUCUCUCAUCAAACAUUCAGAAAAUACAAGAAGAGUUGAAGAAACUGAAAGACAGAGCAACAUGCAAUCUUCAGUCGCUUGAGAAGGCUUACGAUCGAAUUAAGGAAGAGAUCGAGACAGUGCGACGGAAAAUCAAUAAAGAAUUAGAUCGGCUAGAGAAAGUGACACUGCUAGAAGUGGAAAACCUAAUUUCUAGCUCUAAGAUUUUGAUUACAAAAGAAAGAGAUGAGUGUGACAGCAUUCAUAAAAAUCUGCAAUGCCACAGUGAGGCGGAUAAUGACGUUUGCAACAAGAGCAGUACACUUCUUUUUAUAGCUUUAGAAAAAUGUCAACAGCAGAUAAAUGACUCUGAAUUAUUCGUUGAAGAGUGGAAAGUCACAAAUGAUUAUGGUUGGGACUUUGAACCAAACAAUAACAUUGAGAAGUUUAUAUCAAAUUUGACAGGUCUUGGUAAGAUAAGCAAAACAAAUACAGUUAUUUCACUACAAAAAAUGUCAGAAUACGGAGUUAAAAUAAAAUCUGAUUUACACCCAUGCAGUAUUUAUGCCAUAUGCGAGCUUCCUUCUAGAGAGCCGCUUGUACUGGAUUAUAAUUAUGACAAAGAGAAACUGUUUGACAAGUUAUUGAGCAAUUGUAAAGUGCUUAGAUAUUCAUAUGCCAUGUGUCUGAUAUCUCCAAAUGAGCUUAUUGUAACAACGAAUGAGCAUGACGAUCUUCACUUUCUUCAGAUGAUAACUGUUAGGAAUGACAAGUUGGAAAAGGGAAACAAGAUCCAGCUCCCACAUAGGUGUGUUGGUAUUGCCCGCCAUGAGGGAGAUCUGUAUGUAACUUCCGGUACUGCUCUGUAUCAGUAUACUAGGACUGGAACACUCGUAAAGAAACUGUACGAGGAUACAACAGGAGAUAAUACAGUCUACUCGUGUGCAGUGAACCUGAUGGGUGACAAGAUAUACGUCACCAACCAGCACACACACCAACUCCUAACACUGGCCAUAGAUGGAACAGUUAUCUCCACCUUUACAGACAUUGACUUAAAAGGCCCAAGGGGUGUACAUGUGACACCUCGUGGACAAGUGCUCGUUUGUGGCGAUAAAUCAAACGCACUUAUACAGGUGGACAACGAGGGGAAGAAGAAGCUGGCCACACUGGCUACCAAAAAGGAUGGUGUCAAUGACCCACGUUCAGUGUUAUAUAGCAGCAGCACUGAUACUGUGAUAAUGGGUUUCUCAACGAAUGAUUCAAUCAUGGUUUUUAAAGUGACAUACUCAGCGGAAAAAUAAAUCAUUAAAUAUAACGAUACAAACUCAUCUAAGCAUUGAUUUGACACAUAUCGUCAUCAUGGCGUCAACAGGUAAAGCACGUUUAUAUUGUAUAAUUGUGUGAUAUAAAAGUAUCCUUCAAAAUUCAACUUAACAUCUUGUUUUCAUUUACGUAUUUUUUCUGACUCUUAUCUUUAUUUUCAAAUUUUAUUUGAUUAUUGUUUCGUACUUAAUUUGAUUGUUGUUUUCGUUUACUUACGUACCGGUACUUUAUUUGAUUAUGUUUUCAUUAACGUACUCUAUUUGAAUCGUGUUUGCAUUUACGUACUUAAUUCGAAUUGUGUUUGUAUUUACGCUCUUAAUUAGUUAUUGGUUUCAUUUGCGUUGUCUAUUUGAACAGUAUUAUUAAGAAUUGUAUUUCUUUUUACAAAGCUUCUUUGAUAAAUUUACAAACAUAAUAAAUUAUCGAUUUGUCACAUGAAAAAAGACUUGUGGAAUGUAUAUACAGAUGGGUUGAUAUAAAAUAUACGGCUUAUAUAUGUUGUUCUUAACUCAGUGUAACAGCGACAUAUGCAUAUAUAGAGAAUAACAGGUUACUGACUGAUCCUUUUGUAAUAUACCAGGCAAGGCUCAGAAUAAUAUAACGGCGAGGCUUGCCGAGGCAGUAACCUGUUUUUCUGUUUAUCAUACCUUUACGUCCCCGAUUUUUAAGAAAUAUUGGGAAAAUCGCUAAAAAGCUGCCGUUUUAGCGGGAAAGAAUAUGACUUUUAUCGUUUGACGUGUUUAUAAUGACGUCAUGAGCACGCGCGCUUAAUAUUUGUAAAAAGAUGUUUUUUGCUGUUUG